CCCUUCUCGCAACCACUUUCCUCCAUCUUGCUGUCUCCCCAACGACUCUUUUUACCCGACACUCGAUCAUCCUCGAUCCGACUCUCUCUCUCUCUCCGCCUUUCUCUCCAUCCACCUAACAACUCACAAUCCCCAGCCAAUAUGUUGGAAGCACGACUCGAGCAGGCCGCCCUCCUGAAGAAGGUCGUCGAUGCCAUCAAGGAUCUCGUCCAGGAUUGCAACUUCGACUGCAAUGACACAGGCAUCGCCCUGCAGGCUAUGGAUAACUCCCAUGUCGCGCUGGUGUCGAUGAUGCUCAAGGCCGAGGCCUUCUCCCCCUUCCGCUGCGACCGCAACAUCUCCCUCGGAGUCAACCUGACCUCCCUCACCAAGGUCCUGCGCGCCGCCCAGAACGAGGACAUCCUCACCGUCAAGGCCGAGGAUGGCCCCGACGUCCUCAACCUGGUCUUUGAGAGCAGCGCCAACGACCGCAUCAGCGAGUAUGACCUCAAGCUCAUGGACAUUGACCAGGAGCACCUCGGUAUCCCGGAAACCGAGUACGCUUCCACCAUUUCCAUGCCCUCUGUCGAGUUCCGACGCAUCGUCGCGGACUUGACCGCCAUGUCAGAAUCAGUCAACAUCGAGGCAACCAAGGAUGGCGUCAAGUUUGCGUCCACCGGCGACAUUGGUAACGGUUCCGUGACGCUCCGAAGCCACACCGACGUCGAUAAGCCCGAGCUCAACGUCGACAUUGAGCUGACGGAGCCCGUGUCCCUGACCUUCUCCCUCAAGUACCUGGGCAACUUCUGCAAGGCUGCCGCCCUGUCAACCCAGGUCAAGAUCUGUCUCUCCAACGAGGUGCCGCUCCUGGUCGAGUACGCGCUUGCUGGCAGCAGCUACCUGCGCUUCUACCUUGCGCCAAAGAUUGGCGAUGACGAGUAAACCUUUGCCUCAAAAACAUGACAUGACCACCAUCCUACCUACUAUCAGCCGGCGUUGCGAGGACGUGGUAAUCCUGCUUUGGCGCGGAGGGGGCUCCGCCGACAAGAUGGGAUACCAGGGGUUUCUUUACGGG